UGAACUUUUUCUCUGUAAAGAUCCACCCAAGUUUACUGCCUUUCAGAAAACACCGUUUUAUUACCGCCGUUUUAUUACUGGAAGAUGAUGGUUCUGAAUUUUGGGCGUUUCCCGUCACUUACGCGGUGUUGCCUGAUGACACAGGAGGCUGUUGUUAUCCUAUGCAUUGACUGAGGGUGGUUGGGUUAAGAAUUUACCUUCCUUUUUUUUGGGGGGGGGGGAUUGUCGUGGCUGUCACUCAUCCAUGUCCCCUGACCGGCUAACCCAGGGUGUCUCGCCAGGAGACAGUGUCCCAGAAGGCAUGACCCCUGGAAAAGCGCUUUUCAUCCUGAGCGCUUGCGCACUGAUUCCAUUUGGGGAAACAUCUCAGGGCAAAUCCAAGUCAUGGUCAAGGAUGUUGUACAAGGAAAUGAAUCCGGGAAAGCAGUGCUCACUGAACCAUUUCUGGGAAUUUCCUCCCAAAAACAUGCAUUACGUGCAUCAUUUCCUUUGAAAUUGUGACCAAUUUUUUUUUGAAAGAUUUAUUUAAUUAUGUAUACAAGAACCGGGGUACAGCCCAGAUGCGAGGGAGAUAGAGAGGAUUCACCAGACACAGCGGGGAACAGAACAGACAGACUGACGAAAUACGCUAUUGAGGGGAGCAGCGGGCGAGACAGGAGAGGUCUGCCUCGCCAUGUGGAACCCUCGCUGGCCAGUCAGGAUGAAACCAGCACUGCAGAGGCUGCUGACAGUGUCACAGCUAGCGCUCAACUGCCUGUGCCACCAGGGGAGUCCCAAGUGACCAAUUUUUUUAAGAGAUUUAUUUAUUUAUACAUGCAAGAACAGGGGUACAGGCCUGAAGUGUGGGGGGUGAGAGGGUUCAACAGAGGUAGAGUGGGGAACAGAACAGACAGGCUGAAAUACAGUGCUGAGGGGAGCAGUGGGCGAGACAGGUGAGGUUCGCUAUGCCCUGUGGGUAGCUCCCUGGCCAGCCGGAUCCAACUUGUGGUGCAGUGCCUGUGGAUAGGUUCAUAGGUUGUGUCUUAACCCCUUGCGCCACCAGGGAGGCCUGUGACCAAUUUUUUUAAAGUGAUUAAUAGUUUUGAAACUUUUGUUUAGGUCUUCGCAUGAACUAUUAGUCAGUCAGUAGGAAAUACUAGUUUUAUUAACCUACUGUAAAUUGUAAACCCAGAUUCUACCAGUAAUUGACUUGUGGGUCCUUUUCCUGCCACUUCUCAAGGUGUGAACACGGCUGUCACACGCAGUGACUCUAUGAUCUCUCCCAGGCAGUGUGGGGAGCUCUGGAGAGGAGACUCCAGGACCCAGGUGCGAGCUCCUUCAGUCCUCUCCUGCUGGACUCCAUUCACCUCUCCCAGCUCCACCACCACUCUCUCCAGAGUCCUUAGGCAUUUGUGACAGCACCAGACAAUGAAUAAAUCUGUGGAACCCUUGACCUUCAGAGAUGUGGCCAUAGAAUUCUCCCGGGAGGAGCAGGACUGCCUGGAUCAGGCACAGUGGAAAUUGUAUCGGGAUGUCAUGUUAGAGACCUACAAAAAUAUGGUGUCGUUGGGUCUUGCGGUAUCUAAGCCUGACCUGGUCACCUUGUUGGAGCAAAAGAUGGAGCCCAGGGAUGUGGAGAGAAGUGCAAAUCCCAUCAUCCUCCCAGCCAUGUCUUCUGAAGACGACCAUGUCUCCAUGCGACAGUUAGGCAGAGAAGGUUUGUUCCUAAAUGUGGGACUGGGAGGAGAUGGAAUGGACACCGUUGAGAAUUUAGAUAUUGAGGAGUCCUCAAAACUUCUCCAGUAUCAGACAAUUCGUGAGAAACCUUACAAUUGUGAGGAAUAUGGCAAAGCUAACAAAUGCUGCUCAAGACUUACUGAACAUCAGAGAAAGAAACGGCACAAAUGUGAAGUGUGUGUUAAAGGCUUUUGUCGGCAUUCACAGCCGACUCGACAUCUAAGGAGUCAUACUGGAGAAAAGCCUUACACGUGUCCAGACUGUGGUAAAACCUUUGUAUAUAUGUGUUGCCUUUCCCAACAUCAGAGAGUUCAUAAUGGUGAGAAACCAUACAAAUGUGAAGAAUGUAAGAAAGCCUUUAGGCUGAAGUCAAGUCUUAUUCAGCAUCAGAGAAUUCAUAUUGGCCAGAAAGCUCACCAAUGUGAAGUAUGUGGCAAAGCCUUUAAGAAAAUGUCAAAACUUACUCGACAUCACAGAAUUCAUACUGGGGAGAAACCUUAUAAAUGUGAAGAAUGUGGCAAAGCCUUUACCUGGAUGUCCAAUCUUUCUGGCCAUUACAGAAUUCAUGCUGGGGAAAAGCCUUACAAAUGUAAAGAAUGUGGCAGAGCCUUUAACUGGCUAUCACGUCUUUCUGACCAUUACAACAGUCAUACUGGGGAAAAGCCUUACAAAUGUAAGGAAUGUGGGAAAGCCUUUAAUAAUCGUUCAAGUCUUACUGGACAUCACCGAAGUCAUAUCAGGCAGAACUCUUACAAAUGUAAAGAAUGUGGCAAAGCCUUUUACCAAAAGGCAAAACUUACUCGACAUCAUAGAAUUCAUACUGGGGAGAAACCUUUCAAAUGUGAAGAAUGUGGUAAAGCCUUUAACCGAAAGGCACAUCUUACUCGACAUCAUAAAAUUCAUACUGGGGAGAAACCUUACAAAUGUGAAGAAUGUGGCAAAGCCUUUAACCAGAAGGCAAAUCUUAGUCAACAUCAUAGGAUUCAUACUGGGGAGAAACCUUACAAAUGUGAAGAAUGUGGCAAAGCCUUUAACCAGAAGGCAAAUCUUAGUCACCAUCAUAGCAUUCAUACUAGGGAGAAACCUUACAAAUGUGAAGAAUGUGGCAAAGCCUUUAACCAGAAGGCAAAUCUUAGUCACCAUCAUAGCAUUCAUACUAGGGAGAAACCUUACAAAUGUGAAGAAUGUGGCAAAGCCUUUAAGCAGAAGUCACGUCUUAUUCUACAUAAUAGCAUUCACAUCAGAGAGAAGUGUUAAAAUUGUGAAGUUCAUUUUUUGACUUUAGUCUCUUUAACCAGAAGUCCAGAAGUUUAACCAGAAGUGACAAAGUGAUUAUCCAAAAGUCAAAUCAUCCUCAACAUCAGAGAGUGCCUGCUGAGAGAAACCCAUAAAUGGAAAGUGAGAAUAGAUUGUCCAAAUAUAUAUUUUGAAACCACCAGAUUUUCAUACUGGGAACGUUAAAGAAGAGAAAAUAGGAGAAAGUAAUUUAUAAUGAAAAUUAGGUGCAUAUUAAGACAUUACAGUGCAGUAGGAAGUUAAUUCCACUUGUGAGACAUUACCUAAAGUGAGAAUAUGGUUUUGGAGCAUAAACCAAGAUUAAAACACUAAAUGUUAGUAUAAUUUAAAAGUUCAAGAGGCCUCCCUGGUGGCACAGGGGUUAAACUGAGCAUUCUGAAGCUAUCGGCAGCCAUUGUAGCACAAGUUCGAUCAGUGGCCAGGUUGUGGACCCAAAUGGAGCAGCAGACCUCUCCUGUCUUGCCUGCUGCUCCCCUCAGCAGUGUUCUUUUUUUUCAAGAUUUAUUUAUUUAUACAAGCACUGGGUACAGUCAGAAGCGCGGGAGGAUGAGAGAUUUCACCAGAGCCAGAGUGGGGAGCAGAGCAGGCAGAAGGACCGAAGUACACUGCUGAGGGGAGCAGCAGGCGGCAGGAGAGGUCUGCGCGCCAUGUGGGACUCUCCUCCGGUGGCCAGGUUGCAGCUGGGGAUUGAACCGGCACUACAGAGGCUGCUGUCAGCUUUGCAACCCAGGGCUCAUCCGCUGUGCCACCGGGGAGGCCCAGCAGUGUUAUUUCUUUGUAUCCACCUGUUUUGCUCCCUACUCUCUCUGGUGAAUCCUCUCACCUCCCACACCUCUGGCCUACACCCCAGCUCUUGUAUGCAUAAAUAAAUAAAAUGAAUCUUUAAAAAACAAAUAAAAGUUGAAGACAAUGGUUUGGGGACAUGUAUAGUUAUUUUCUAUGUCCUUUUUUAUCGGUCAUAACUUGAGAUAUGAAGAGACAUGAGGAAUGUAAAUCAGCCCUAAAUCACUUCAUUCUGUGGCUUUCUUCUCAUACGUACAUGAAGUCAUGUGUUUGAUUUUUGCUGCCUCAAACAUCUAAGGGACCCUUCUCUAAUGGAUGGAUUUGCUCACAUCUAACUUGCUCCACCAAAUUUAAGAUGGCGUCAUAGAUCAUGCAUGAAGAACAUCUAAAUGGAUAUGCUGUUUGUGGUUGACCCAAAAGAUGGGUCUAAAUCACCCUGAAGAGUCAUGGGCUUCAUUGUUGGCAUAAAAGUCAGACAGAGAAACAUGCUAAAGUUUAAAGCAUUUCAUCAUUUUUUCCUUAGGGAAUACCCUGACAGUUUAUUAAACUCCGGUGUUUCUUCAUGGUAGUAAUAGAGAUCAUGAAUAUUAUUUGAUGUUGUUGCCAAAAGAAAUCUUCACAGGGACAUGAUGAAAGACCAGGUGACUUUCAAAAGGGCAUAGAAUUCUUGCCCAUUUACAUUAGCUAAGUAAAGGGUCUAUGUUGAACACUAACUGAUAUUAAAGGGUCCAGAAUGCUUCUUAAAUGAGAAAUAGCAUACAGAGCUAUCUGAAUGUCUUAUUAGACUAUGUGUAAACUUUAUAUAUGUAUUAAUAAUUCUGAUUGAUUUUUAAUGUGGUCAUGUUGAUGUGUACUUGAUAACAAGUUCUUGCUCAUCAGCAUUAGCCAAUUCCUCCAUUUUAAGGCUUUUGGUAACAGAUGAGAACAAUAAGAUGGUUGUCUACACAGUGUUAUGUCAUCACUUGCAGGCUCUGUUCUCAGAUACCUUAUAUCUGAAAUAGUUUUGACUGUAUUUUGAAGAACUACACACUUCUUUUUGUUCUGAUAGUAACCCUGGAUGUUGUUGAGUGUGUUUAAUAUAAUGGUGGAGUAUUUUGAAGAAUUUUUGCUGCAAACACUUCAUGAUAUUGGUGCUUUGCUAUCCAUUUUUUGUACAUAAACUAUCUCUGGGGACCCUGAAGUGACACCAGACCCUCUUUUAGAGGUUCCUGCUAUAUUCCUUUAUGACACUCUGCAUGAUCACAAGGAAAUACAAAUUCUUCACCUGACUUCACAUGCAGACAUUGUCAUGCCUCUCCUGUGUAAGGGCCUCCCCUUGAUUGGACCUGGGUAAAAUCUUCACAGGGCUGACAAUAGACAAUACUUAGUUACUUACAUUAAGUAUUACUUACUGUAUUUCUCCCUUUAGUUUACCUGGAGUAACACAGUCUUCAGAAUCUUUGAAAAACUCUAGUUAGGGACCUUUUCAUGGCCUUCAAACACAUAUUGUCCUAGAUUUAAUAUAUAUUUAAUCCAACAUGUAAAUACAUUGAGACAUUACUUAGGAAUGGUUGGGGGAAAAAUAAUUUGGUGUGUCUGUUUAUAUUACGGGCAUUCGGGAGAGCAGGGUAGCAUUUUGUGAUGUCACUGGCUUGGACAGCAGUUGCUUAUUUUUAGGAGAAGAGGUGAUUACUUAUAAAAUGGGACUGUUUGUGGGAGGUGUCUUGCAGGAUGGAGGCAUCCUUUAUUCCAUUUCUGGAAAAAUCAGGAUAGUGCCAGCAGCUCACACUGACAUCUUUUAAGAAAUGGAAUGAGGGGACUUUGACUCAGCCAUGACGGCCUUCAGCAGAUUCUGGGCAAGACAGCAGUGCAAGGAUAGAAUGAGGUCUAAGGAUACAGUCCCCUGCUGGUCUUCUGGCGACCAGGAAGGUAAAGUCUAAACACAAAAAUGCCUUAGUUGGAGUUUGAUCUAGAUGGCUGACCAGGUAGUCUUCCAUGCUCCACCCUUCUAAGGAUGCAGCUCCAGAACUACAAAGGGGAGUUGUGAGGAACCCGAUCCGGAACUCAAUCAUUUGAGUACAUAAAAAGGUCCACUGCUUAAAAAAAAAAAAAAAAAAAAAAAAAUUUCUGCAUGUAAGAACUGGGGGUGUGGGCCAUUGGUGUGGUGGAUGGUGCGGUGGUGAAAGGAUGCACCAGAGAGUGGGGAGCAGGUGAACUGAAAACCACUGCCCAGGGGAGCAGCAGGGAGAAAGGAGAGGUCUGCUGGGCCAUGUGGGUCAGCUCCCUGGCCAGGAUCAAAUUCAAGCACCAGAAGCUGGCAAUACCUUGAAAGUUCUGAGACGUUAACCUCUUCACUCCCGAGGGGGACCCAGUUACUUUCCUAUUCGCCGCAGACAUGAACCAGUCCUGGCGUCCCCGUGUUCAGGGGCCCCGCGCACCUGUCCAUUUUCCCUCAACCUCCACUGAUCCCACCUUUUGGCUGCAAAAUCCACCCUUGUCGCCUGACGAGUGGCGCGCAGAAUUGUGGGAAAUGUAUAGUCUGGCGCCCACACCGUAUCGGCCCCAGGCUCUGGGGCGUGGCUUACAGGUGCUGCGCGGCUGCGGCCCCGCCCGCCCACCUUUUGCCGGAAGUUUCGGUGCUUCUGCUCAGGCUACGGUGUCCACGAGUUUCACCUGCACUUUGUGUCUGAAGGCUGGGUUUGGGGUGAAGCUGAGGAUCCGUGUGCGGGUGUGGGGAGAAGGGGGAGACCGGGCUUUGCGGAUACGGUAGAGAGCGCGUAGAGAGCGCGU